AUGGCUCCCCCCAAGACCGCCGAGAAGAAGCCCUCCACCGGAGGCAAGGCCCCCGCCAAGACCGCUGCUGCCUCUGAGAAGAAGGAGCGCAAGCCCAAGUCCGAGGGUGGCAAGGGACGCAAGAAGUCCCGCUCCGAGACUUACUCCUCCUACAUCUACAAGGUCCUCAAGCAGGUCCACCCCGACACCGGUAUCUCCAACAAGGCCAUGUCCAUCUUGAACUCCUUCGUCAACGAUAUCUUUGAGCGCAUCGCCGGUGAGGCCUCCAAGCUCGCUGCCUACAACAAGCGUUCCACCAUCUCCUCCCGCGAGAUCCAGACCGCCGUCCGCCUCAUCCUCCCCGGUGAGUUGGCCAAGCACGCCGUCUCUGAGGGCACCAAGGCCGUCACCAAGUACACCUCCUCCAAGUAA